AGGCGGAAGCUGGUGCCGGCGGGAAGGUUGUAGUGCGGCGCCGCGUCCUUGCGCUUUUGCUGGGCUCUGCGUGGGCGCGCCCCCCUGCACAGCCGCGCCGGGAUAGCGAGGUUUCUCCGGGGCUCCUCGCAGCCGGAUGAUUGUAAAGUGCUGAUCAGUGGCCACUGAAUAUAAUUGAAACAGAAUAGGAAGAUGGCAGCAAAUCCUUCAGGACAAGGUUUUCAAAAUAAAAAUAGAGUUGCAAUUUUGGCUGAACUGGACAAAGAGAAAAGAAAAUUACUUAUGCAGAACCAAUCUUCAGCAAGUCACCCUGGAGCUAGCAUCUCCCUCUCGAGACCUUCUCUUAAUAAGGACUUCCGGGACCAUGCUGAGCAGCAGCACAUUGCAGCCCAGCAGAAGGCAGCUCUUCAGCAUGCCCACGCACAUUCAUCUGGAUACUUCAUAACUCAAGACUCAGCAUUCGGGAAUCUUAUCCUUCCUGUUUUACCUCGCCUUGACCCAGAAUGAAGAAAGCAUCUGUGAUAAAGGAGACCUUGUACUAUCAAAUGUCAAAGCUCUCACUCGGCUCUGUACAAACUCUGACUUUGAGAAUUUUGGAGAACUUAGCUUUUGUUUCUUUAAAGAAAGGAAUAAGGAAAUGAGUGAAGAAAGAAGGGCUGGGGUGCCAAGAACUUUGGAAGCAGUAUCUUCGGCGGAAUUGGUUGUGCUGGCCGUGACUAACUUUUUUGUAUUGCCAUUGGACUCUUCACUCUCAGACUCAGAAUUGCUUAGUUUCAUAGAAUCUGCACCGUCUUCAACAAAUUGGACUACUGACUCAUGCAUGAAGCCCUGGGUUUGACCCUAGUGCUGCACAAACAAGCUCUGAUAUGUAUUCCUGUAAUCUUGGCACUAGAGAAACAGGCAGGAAGAAGUUCAAAGCCAUACUUGCCAAGGUAGUGAUUUUGAGACCAGUCUGAGGUAUAUGAGACCAUGCCUCAAGAAACAAAAGCAAACAAAAGAACUAUUUCUAAUCCCAACUUCAAAGGAAGCAUCGAUGCUUUCUAAAAAUGUGAACUGUAGGCUUAUAUUGUGGUUUCUUGUAUUCAGAAGCAACAUAUCUAGACAUACUCUGAGCUCAUAACUAUUUCUCCAACUCUGAAUUUUAAGAGAACUCCCAAGUAAGACUAAAUUACCACGGGGAAGUGGUAAGUGGUGGAUCUAUGAGUUCAAGGCCAGCCUGUUCUACAGAGGGAGUUCCAGGAUUGGCUCCAUUGCUACUGGGAAACCCUGUCUUGAAAAACAAACAAAAGACUAAACUACCAACCAAUCCUAAAUCGUUUCAAAUAAAUGAUACUACAAAUGAUGUGACUAAAUACUGUUAUGAAAAGCAAUCAAGCAAUAUGGUGAUUUUAAAUGUAUUCGUAUUCUCACUUCAUGUUGCUAUAUAAAUGGUGUGCUUGAAUGGUUUUCUACUUUUCAUCUCAUUGAAAACUUAAAAUUAGGCAAAUUUAGGACCUUUUAAAUCCCGUUAAGCUAGUUGCUCAAUAGGGCCAAACUUUUAACAAGAACCUUGAGGUGCUCAAUUAAAUAUGUAGUAGAAUUAGAAUGUGAUUAAAAAUAAAGUGUGAAAAGCAGAGGUUAGAGAGUUCUGUAACACAACCUACACACAAAUGUCAUGAUCAAAUGAUAUUUUAUAAGGAGGUUAUUUUGUAAAGUUCCUGGCAUUUUUUUGUUCUGAGUAUGGAACCUAAGGAUUUGUAAAAGAUGUGCAGUGUUGUUUCACUGAGCCAAAGCCCCAGUCCUUACACAACUCCAAGUAACUAAUAUCUCACAUCCCCAUUCUCUCUGGUGUUGGGGGAGUUUAAACUUAACAUUCUCAGUUGGGUCAAUAUUUAGCCACAGUUAUACUCCUAAUAGUUCCCUGUAGGUGUCUUCCCCAACCACAUAGCACCACCCUGCUCAAAGAGUGAUGUAGUAGUGAGCAGUCCUAGAAGAAGCUGUGCCUCUUAAGAACCUGAACUGAUUCCUAUAUCUGAAUAAGGUGGAACUCUUCCAGUUAUAAUAAUGCUCCCCAUUGCAAGAUGGUGCCCUCAUGUCUGCUGUGUCUGCUCCUCUUCGCCCAGCUUCUCCUUGGGCUCUUGGUAGCUUUCAUUUUCUCAAAUUUCACUGUGUAAAAUUCAAGUGUGGAACACUGUUUAUGUUCUCUGUGACCCCUGAUAUACUAACACGGUUCUAAAAUUUAUCGACUGAUGUUAGAAAGAUAAAGUGAGUGUAUAAUUUUCCCACCAUUGAAGCUUUUGCCUACUGUGUGACUUUGUAAUUUAGGUGCCUGUUUUUCUUCCCUGUUUUUGAGAUAAAUACCGUGAUGAGAAACCCCUUAAGGGAGAUAGGGCUCAUAUUGACUCACAGUGGGAGACAUAGCCCAUCACAGUGGGGAAGUCAAGGCCUCACUCGGCUUGAAGCAGUUGUCACAUCUACAGUCUUGUAGAGAACAAAGGAUGGAUGCAAUUGCUUUCUCCAUUACAGCCAGGAAAUGGUGCCACUCUCAACAGUGGGUGUAUCUUCUACCUCAGUUAAUACUAUCAAGGUAAUUCCCCAAGGCAGGUCCAUAGGCCCAUCUCUUAGGUGACUCUAGAUCAUGUCAUGCUGAUGAUGCUAUCCCACUAACUAGGACUUUACACGGGUCCUCUGCUUUGUGUGACAUAGACACAGAAAUGAGUAUGGCAUGUGCUUUGUUUGAUGGACAGAAAGAUCACUGAGACUUGUAUGAGGAGGCAACAUUGAAGGAUCCUACUCUAGCAUACAAGUAGUCGUAAAGCAUGCAGUUAUGGCACAAUAGAAGCAUCUUGGAGUACACUUUGGUCUGGAUAUGGUUAGAAGAACAUAGGUAAUGUAGCUGGCAAGAGAGUGAGUGAAGGGUACCCCAGAUGAAGAUCAGAAUUGCAGUUGAGCCCAGUGUGGUGGUUCAUGCCUAAUCCUAGCACUCAGGUAAGGCUAGCCUGGACUACCUUACUCCUUAACCCCGCCCUCACCCCCAAAAAAGUAUGGUAAAAGAGAAUGGGUUAGAUCAGGGAUGAAGACUAAAGUGUUAAAGAUAGAAUUGGACUCAGUUGCAGCCCUGGGGUGAAAUUCCUUCAGUGCUAUUUCUCUGGGAUCAUGGGUGAAUUUAGGUAAAUCACUUAGCCUUUUGCAUGCCAUGCCAUCUAUAAAAUGGGAACAGCACAUAACUGACUAUUGUCUUACUUGUUAGGCCAGUAUUUUCUAAAAUACAAGUCUCAGCUUGUUUCUGGGUUGAGAAGGCAGCUUAAUGGUUUAAUGCAUUGUAUCAGCAUUAAAUAAAAAGAAACAGAAAAAGAAAA